AUGAAACACAAAAAGCAAGCGGAGGGGAGACUUGGGAAACCUCCUCAAGGAGUGUGGGAACCUCCAGCUACAACCCCCCGAACACGGGGCCCUCUCGGGCAGAGAGCAUCAGGGGUCGACCUACAUAGGACCCCUUAUCCACCACGGAAGCAGGGAACCCCCAAGAAGGGGAAAACACAGAGCCCAGACUCACAUCACGGGGCACCACGAUCACCCACCUCACGAGAUAAUACCAGCAGGCACAGCGGAGGUGCACCCAGAGCUGUAAGGCAGAAAUCCUCACCACUGCCGACACACCGAACCUCUGCAAUAGCUCUGAGAACAGAUCCGAGCCGUUCCCACCGAUAUGCCGGGACCCAGCGGUGGCACAUACAUCCGGACAGCGCAAGAAACAACCAGCACAUUAAAGGACUGACAACACCUGUCAACUGCUGUGCGAGUGGGACUGACCUUACAUGCCCCAGUUAG